CGUCUCGUGCGGGGAGGUGAGGCGCGGCGCAGCGCGGCGCGAACUUGUUUUGCGUGGCUUGAGAGUGAGUGAGUGAGUGAGUGUUGUGCUGCGCGGCUGAAUGUCGGGAUUGCGCUUCCCGUUUGACAAGGAGGAGGAGAAAGAAGGAACAGCCGACACAGACAGACACACAGACAGACAGAGAGAAGCAGAAGUACUCACAGGUCGUAUGACAGGGAUGCGGAGCUCUGGACUCGGCUUCUUGACGGAAUAAAUAAAAGCGCGCGCCAGUGAGGACAGCAGUGACAGCCUGCUAAUAUAUCAACACGGAGAGCAUGGCGUGAGCUGUUAGGAGGAAGAGGAUGGAUGAGUGAGGCAAGGACAAGCGUCUGAAGUACAGUAUAAGGCCAUGCUGAAUGAGGCUGACCUACCUCAGCCUCCAUCAGUUUAAAGUUCACCUACUGUAUGUUUGCCUGUCUCAACGGGCUAUGCGUGAAGAUGUUACAUGGCUGCUAACUCCUGCUUUGAUUAAUUGGCACGUGUGCUGAGGAAGAACCAUUCCUCACUCGCAUUAAACCCAUUCACUGGCCACUGACACUCUGCCAGAGCUCUGCUUUCCAUUUAACACUGGCAAGCUUAUGUGCAUUAUAAUUAUAGUAUUAUACAGCAUAAGCUUGAUAAAUGCAAGCUUGUUUUUAUUUAAAUCUCAUUAUUCAUUUUUGGAGCAAACAUUAAUGGUUGUCUCACCUUGCUAUGAUUUAACAUCUCACCUCGCUACGAAUUUCAACAGCUCUAAAACAAAGUGAUGUUGUUGAAAUAUGAUUGUGCCUGUUUUUUGUUUUUUUUUAAACCAUGGCGUAAGAACUGAAGGCAGCUGCUAUGUGUUAUGUGUAUUUUAUCGCUAGUCUCUCACCUUCCUCAUGUUGGCAUCCUGACUGAGAACACGCUCUUUACUGCUACAGCCAGUAAAGAAGUGUGUUCAUAAUACUGUGUUUCUGUGCAUAAUGACAUGAAUAAUAUGUUGUUCUGUUAUUUUGCCAUCAAUCCAUAUAUCCUUCAUGUCCUUCUUCAGCUCUAGAUCAGAGGCUUUUACCUCUAAAUAUCCACUUGCCUUAGCAACUGCUACAGGUCUCAAAGUCAUUGUCUGUGUCUGUGAUCACAGAGAUCGGUUAAUCAUUAGCUAUACCAUUGCACCUCGGCAUGCCAACGUCAGCGCUGCCACGAUCACAUUUCAACCACACACUCUUAAUUGCAUGCUUUUUCAUAUCAUGGUUAGACAUUGUGCAAGUCUCACCACAGUUUGGUUAGUGUAAGACUAAAUUCAUCACGUUGAUACCAGAAGCACCUCACCUGAAGCAAAGGUUCAAGUCACACAUAAGGAGGAGGAAGGAAUGGUUUUAACUUUUGUUGUAUUGGCAGUUGGCAGGAUUCUUCUUCAGGGCUCUUAUUGUUAGUCUUGAGCUUCAGUAUCCUGUGUAGUGCCUUCAUUGCCAGAGCUUGUAUUAUGAGGUAAGUACAAUGCUGUGUGGAUUAGCUCUCAAGUCUAUUUGGCAUUGUUUAACCUGUUAGAUGCAGGUCCAAUCUCAAUUUCAAAUACUACCCUGGCUACCAUAAUGACACAGUGAUGCAGCAUGUAGCGUUGCCUCCACAGAGCUCUAGGGUCCUAGGUUAUUUGUUCUCCUUGUGGGAUUUCUCCAGGUUCUCUGGUUUCCUCCCAUAUCCCAGAAACAUGUAGGUACAUUAUAUAGCCAAAAGUAUAUGGACACCUAACCGUUAUACCCAUACGUGCUUGUUGAACAUCCUGUUCCAAGUUGGUUCCCCCUUUACUGCCAUAACAGUCUCCACUCUUUUACAAAGGCUUUCCGCUAUAUUUCGGAAUGUGGCUAUGUGAAUUUCCAAUUCUGCUACAUGAGCAUUAGUGAGGAUGUUGGAUGCGAAGGCCUGGUGUUCCAGUUCAUCUUUAAGUGGGGUUGAGGUCAGGGCUCUGUGCAGGCCACUCGAGUUCUUCCACUCCAAGCUUGGCAGGCCAUGUCUUCAUGGAGCUCUCUUUGUGCAAAGGCGCAUUGUCAUGCUGGAACGAGUUUGGGUCCCUUUAUUCCAGUGAAAGGAAUUCUUAAUUCUACAGUAUACAAAGAUAUUCUAGACAAUUGCAUGCUUCCAACACUGUGGUUUAGGGAAGAGUUUAGGGAACAGUUUAGGGAAGAACCACACAUUGGUCUAAUGGUCAGGUGUUCACAUACUUUUGGCCAUAAUGUGUAGGUGGAUUGACUACGCUAAAGUGAAAAUGUUUCCAUGUAACAGCAGGAAAAUCCAUGGGGGAAAAUCAUAUUCCACUCAGCUGUUUUGCCAUUUUCAGUGGCUGUUACAGCUAAAGCUGUACAUAAAAAAAAAGAUAAUAUAACUUGCACAACACAACGGAAGGGAGAUAAACAUGCAUAAAGAUCGUACAAAGUGAUACUAAUUAUUACACAUCUUUUGCAUUUGUAAAUUAUCCCACUUUAUUUUUUAUUUUUUUUAAAUGACAUGGGUAAAUAAAUUUGAGCUGGCCACAAAACCUAUCCAGCCAUGAUAAUGGUUUACCAAACUUUCCAUGCUAACUGAAAGCAGAUUUGUGCACAUUUAAUUGUUGCUGGUAGCUGUUCUUAUUUAGUCCUGAUAAUGUACACACAUGCUCACACACUCACACUUGGAACAUCCCUUGGCCAUUGUUUGUAGCGUGACUGUGUACACAUGGGCUACAGAAUCCCAGGGACAGAAGAAAGCAUAGGCUUACACAAUCUUUUCAUGUCAUUAGUUAUUUCUCCUGUUCUUUAAAACACCGGGGAAUAAUUGAGUACCUGCACCCAGGAGGAAAAGCAUGCAGAGACCUAUAAAUAUAACCUCCACAACCACACACACACACACACACACACACACACACACAGACUACAUCCUCACUUACUCAGUCAGUCUCUUUUGAUUCUUGAAUAUUCCAUUGUUGGCAUAACAAGAAAUAUGAUGCGUCUAAGAAACAUGACCUUGAUGUUAAGAUUAGUGCUUAGCAUGGGGUUUAACAUGAAGCCCUGAAUCUAUGCACGAGCUUGUAUAAUCACUGUGUUUCCAUACUGUUUUCAUAACAUACCAACACACACCCUGUGGCUGAACGAACGAUAUUCAUAAUACUGUCACUUCUUAUCUAAAGGAAAGCUCUGUGUCAUGACUGCAUAGUCCUUAAGACUAAGUUUGUUUAAAGCAGUAACAUUUCAGGCCAAGUGGUAUAAUUUUGUAAUUUCUAACUUAAAAAGCUCCUCAGCAAAAUACCUUCUUGUAGCUUUUGUUGUCAUCAUAUUUGUCCAUGGAUAAAGCGUUUAUUUUGUGUCUCCUGUUCUCCGUAAUUGUGUUAUAUAUCUUUUGUUACCUAAGUGCUGGAUACUAGCAGUAGUUUGCAGGUUUGUCCUGGAGAGCCGUGCUGCUGACUGUGCGUAAUUUAGGUCAGGAGUCUAGGCGAAUGCUGUGCGGUCUUGUUAAACAUUAUUUGGCCUGGACCCAGAGGAGUGUUGGCUACCUCUGAAGAUGAAGAUAGCAUUUCCUUGUCCCUAAAAGCAAACUCAUUUGAUCAGCUGACUUCGGUUCUACUGUGAAUAGCAUAGAGUAGCGCUGAUGUGUUAAACGUUAAACAUCUGCGUGAAAUUUAAGCAAAGAAGACAUGUUAGUGUUUGACGAUUUACAGCAACGUUAAUGAUUUUGCCAUGGGACAAGAAUAAGAGGCCGAAGAACUCUGUGCUUUUAGCCACGGUGACUGCUCGAAUAGCUGUGUUUACUGUGCGUUCCGCUCACUUUCGCAACACGGCCGUGCAUCACCACCAUGAACACCACAAGUAUGCUUCUAGGAGCUCAGGGCACUGUCCUCAGUGACCAGUCGCAGCACAAAAAUGCAUUUAUAGCAAGACUUGUUUUUGAGGUUUUCAUGGCUGGACGAAGACUUGUGUUUAAGAUAAGCACAUAUAUAUUUUGCACAUGAGGCACAACUCCCGCCUGAGUUUAUCUUAGUUUCAGUCCGCUUCGGCUUGCAUCUUAGUGUCUUUUCCUUUUAUAAUGCCAUUAUACACAGAAAUAUUGUAUCUGGACACAAAUUUAUAAAUGCUUUUGUGUCUUUUUGGAGAGCUUUUUGGAUUUUUAUGGCAUAUUAAUUUUUUAAAUUUACAUUUUCAUUUAUAGCAUUUAGCAGAUGUCUUUAUUCAGAGCGACUUACAUACGUGCUUUGUAGUCUCCAUCAAAAACAUAUCCUCAUGCUAGGGCAAAUAGGUCAGAAUCAAACUGUACUGUAGAUUAAUUUAAAAAGCAAACAAAAACAGUACAAGUUGAGUUUUUUUAUUAUUAUUAUUAUUAGUGCUCAUUUAAGUGCUUGGUGAAGAGGUAGAUAUCGAGCCUUCGUGACACUGCUGUUCAGACAGCCAGAGACGGUCACUCCGUCUGCUCCAUCGCUUCCUUUCUCGCACUGACAUGCACGCACGCACGCGCACACACACACACACACACACACACACACACACACACACACACACACACACAAAAAAAAAACAAAUAAAAUCAAAGUUUAAAUCUUCUAUAUUUUCUCCAUCUGCCUCCCAUCUUCCUUUACUUUAACCUCAACUUCCUUCUUUGUUUGUACCCAUGUGUUUUCACAGAUGUGAAAACACAUGGAUACAGACAGCCAUUUCUGUUUCACUUCUGGGCUCCUGGUUGUCUCAGUGGUGCUUUGAGGGAGUUGGUGAGAGAUCCUGGAGCUUGCACGUUCAGCUGGAGGGAUAUGUGCUGAGGGAGAGGAAGAGGUUUGGUUGGAAAUUCCUCUAGCUGUGAGGAGCUUUAGCAGCAGCAGGCAGCACUCCUGAUAAGAGCCUACCUCAGCCUCCAUCAGUUUAAAGUUCACCUACUGUAUGUUUGCCUGUCUCAAAGGGCUAUGCGUGAAGAUGUUACAUGGCUGCUAACUCCUGCUUUGAUUAAUUGGCACGUAUGCUGAGGAAGAAUCAUUCCUCACUCACAUUAAACCCAUUCACUGGCCACUGACACUCUGCCAGAGCUCUGCUUUCCAUUUAACACUGGCUAGCUUAUGUCCAUUAUAAUUAUAGUAUUAUACAGCAUAAGCUUGAUAAAUGCAAGCUUUAGCAGCAGCAGGCAGCACUCCUGAUAAGAAUCCCACACCUCUGUGGCAUUAGAUAUUUGGGCAAGUCACUAGGCAUCCUUUAGAUGUCUUAUUUUAUUUUCUGUGCUGUUGAGCGUUUCCUUGAUGAGCAGGAUUGUGACUGCUGGUUGGUGUAGUGGUGUGUCUGUGGUUCGUGUAUGGACUAGGCUUUCAAGUCAGUUUUAUAAAUCUAAUUAUCCUAUAAAACAGUAUUUUUCAUUUAAGUAUAUAUAGAUACACGAUAUGGCCAAAGGUUUGUGGAGAACCAUCACACAUAUAUGUAGGCCUUCCUCAAACUGUUGCCACAAGGUUGGUUGUAUAGGAUGUAUGUAUAUGAUGUAGCAUUACAACUUCCCUUCACUGGAUCUCAGAGGCCUAAACCUGUUCUAGCAUGACAGUGUCCCUGUGUACAAGGUGAGGUCCAUGAAGACAUGGCCUGCCAAGCUUAGAGUGGAAGAACUCGAGUGUCCUGCACAGAGCCCUGACCUCAACCCUACUGACCACCUUUGGGAUGAACUGGAAUGUCGACUAGGUCCCAGGCCUACUCACCCAACAUCACUAAAUGAUCUUAUUAAUGCUGUUAUGGCUGAAUGGACAAAUCCCAACAGCCACACUCCAAAAUCUAGUGGAAAGCCUUCUCAGAAGAGUGGAGGUUAUUUUAACAGUAAAGCAGGACUAAAUCUGGAAUGGUAUGUUCAACAAGCACAUAUGAGUGUGAUGAUCAGGUGUCCCCAAAUCUUUCCCCAAAACAAUGUAAUAUGACCUUGCAUGUUUUAACACCUUUACAGAACAGCUUUUAACUGUAACUGCAAGUUACUUGAGUCCAUCCUUAACAAAAAUAAAUCCUAUUGAAUCUAUUGAGUCGAUGGUUUUUAAAGACCAGAAAAACUGCAAAAAAACACAAACAAACAGUAGCCAGAUGAAUGAAUAAUAUAAGGUUGCUGAUGAAGCUUUUAUGUUUAAAAUUGAAGUGUUUAAUUCUGUAUCUUUAACCGUGUAUAUCUCAAGAGUACAGUAGUUGAAUGUGAGCAUUUGCAAAAUGCUUGAUCCGGAACCCCGGGUCUCGUCCUGUAAGCAGAGUGACUGAAUCAGAGCUGCUGUCAGUGCUUACAUAACCGUGUGUUCUUCUAGUCCCUGCUUUCUGCAGCUGUCUGCCUUGCUGCCAGCAGCAAGAGUGCUGCCAAACCCAGAGAGAGAUCACACACAUCCACUCUGUCCAACAUAUCAUACACCAACACCGUCCAGCAGGAGCCAACUGUCACUGCACAGCUCUCGGUACCACCAUCAGACCUGCUGCAUGUCUUAAACUUGGCCUUGGGGGAUGUUUGAUAGAACUCACUCCCCAGUUGAUUUUGGGCCCUAAAACAAACAUUCUGGAUAAGUUCUACAAAUAGACAUCUGUUCUCCAGAAAUACACCCACUCAAAUGCAAACAUUCAUAUCCGCUGUAUCACUUGGUGGCUCUCAUUCAUGCUGUAGCUGUGAAGAGCAGGAGGACUCGGGUGGAGGAUUGCACUGCCUUCUGGCUCUCCUCGUCUGCACACUGUUGUGUUUGAACAGCUGACACAAAGCGGAAUUGCAAGACUGUUUUAUUGACUUCUGCAGUGUGGGCAUAUGAAAACCUUGGAAAAAGAAGGGCUUGAAAACUUGCUAAGUCGAGAAAGUAACUCAAAAAUAGUCUGUACUUUCCUCUUUCCUUCCAAGCUACAAAGGAAUGACACAAUGAUGAAUUUGGUUUGGGAGGUGAGACUUUCAGCAUAAAAAAGACAUCUGCUCUUUGUUUGCCCACUUUGAUUUCUUCAUCUGAUGAAUGAAUUUUGACAUAAACCAGUACAUACUUGUACAUACUUUACAAGUCAUGUGCUAUUUUUCUCGAGAUGUUUCUGUACUGUGGGAAACAAUGCAUAGGGGCCAGGUGGUCAUAAAGGCAUUCCCAGUGUGUCCAUAAGGCUUCCUCCCCACAUUCUAUGGAGGCAGAGCAUACCUGGCCGUCUGAUGGGGAGCGAUCUGGUGGACAACAGCAAGCUCUGUCCGAAUCACCUGGGGGUAGGUUUCCUCAGAUACAGGAACAGGCUACCUCACGACCAAUCCAUGGAUCACAUGGCCGGCAUAAAAAAAGGCAGCCAAAACGCCGUGAUUUGCUCCAGAGGCAGCAGCAACAGCAGUCUCAGAUGGGGGAAGCUUGGCAAUUACAAGAUGUCCCAGGCCCCUCUGGUGGCAGCUACUCUUCAUCAUCUCUUGAAUCCACUACCCCAGUCCCUCAUCUUCAGAGUAUUCCAUCUUGCCCCAGUCAGGAAUUACAAGAAGGCACCACAUCUAGAAGGGAACGUAAGCCCCAAAGGCCAGGGAAGUAUGUGUGCUCAUACUGUGGAAGACCAUGUGCAAAACCCAGCGUCCUCCAAAAACAUAUCCGCUCCCACACAGGAGAAAGACCCUAUCCGUGUGUCCCUUGUAGUUUCUCAUUUAAGACUAAAAGUAACCUGUACAAACAUCGUAAAUCCCAUGCCCAUAGAAUUAAAGCUGGCUUGGCAUCUAGACGUGAAGAAUACAGUUUCAGUAGAGUUGAAAGUGGUACAGUAGGAGAUGAGCAGGGAGAAGCAACAGAAGCAGAUAGCACAGAGUCUGAAGAUGAGACUGGUCAGCAUCAGCCAUCUACUUCUCAAGACAGGCCAGCUCUAAAAAAAAGCUCCAAGUUUGAAAUCUCGUUUUCAGAAGAAGGGCCAAGAACAGAGGACUCCCAGGCAAUCAAACAGAGGUUAGCUAUGCGACUCAGUGAAAGGAAAAGAGCUCCCAUGGAAUCACCAGAUGAGAGCCCUUCAUCUUCAUUGGGUCCUGGUAGUAAGGGCAGUACUGAAUCUGGCUACUUUUCUAGCUAUGGCAGUGCUGAAUUAUCCCAGGUGAGCCCUCCCAAUGCCAAUGUUAAAUCCUAUGCUGAAAUUAUUUUAGGAAAGUAUGGACGAUUAGGCCAACAACAAAGAAUUCCACACCAACAUCUUCAGUCAUCAUCAUCAUCAUCAUCAUUAUCAUUAGGGCAUGAGGAAAAAUCCAUCCCCUUCACUGUGCCUAAGACACAAGUCAUUGAACACAUUACAAAAUUAAUUACUAUAAAUGAAGCUGUAGUUGACACAAGUGAAAUUGACAGUGUCAAACCUAGACGUUCUUCCCUCUCUAGGAGAAGUAGUAUUGAGUCUGCUAAGUUUUCUUCGCCAAAAGAUCCAAAGGAAGAUUUCCCUGGCACUACCGGACAAAUUAUUCUAAGUGGUUAUGCCACUGAUACACAGCAUUCACAAUUAAUUGAAGGCACACUUUCUAGUCAUUGUCCCAGUGGUGUUCUUCUGAGAAGCCAGUCAGUUCCAUCCUCUAGUGGCAAAGAUGAUCCAGCUAGCUCAUCUUCGCACAGAUUUCGUCUCAGUCAAUCUUUUGAUGAACAGCAGGCUGCAUCAGCGGAGCUGAGGGUUGGGCACCAUCAUCGAAUGUUAAGACGCCAGCCUGCCAUUGAAAUGCCAGUUGGAGCUGACCUUACAGCAGAAGCUGUUUCCUCUGUUUCCAUAGAAUCAGGAUGGAAGCAGCAAAAGGGAAUAGGACUUUCUGAGUGUGAGAUAUGUGGAACUCACUUGAAACAGGACAAUUAUGAAGCACACAGAGUUUCUUGUAUGAAUAAGUCUACACAGGAUCAUCAGAGUGAGAAGAAAGUGUCUGCUGAACAAGAAGAUCAUCGACAAAUAAUGCACUAUAAGUUUAAAGCAAUGGCAAUGGCUAUACGAAAGAGGAGGAAAGAAGAAAGUCUGGAGGAGGACCCUCCUAGUCCAGGUCCAGCAGCUGUAUCCUUUAGCAACCCUCUUACCACAUCAGCAAUAGAGAAUAAAGAUGAUUUUCAGGGCUUCUCAGAUACUGUACCACAAGUUGAACCAGAAAAAAUUGGCCCUUACAAAGAAAUAUCAGUAAUUCAGCACACCAGCUCCUUUGAAAAACAGGAAAGCAUGUCCAUAGAAAUUCAGGAGUCAGAACUUGAACAUAAACAAUCACAGGAGCCCAAGCAAACCUCCACAUCCAGGUUAGUUAGACAGCCCAAGAUUCAAGUGCCAGAGAUCUUGGUGACAAAAGAACCAGAUCCUGAGAUGAUUUCACUGCCAGCAAGUACAUAUAUCCCAAGAGAAUUAGAGAAGGAAGAGUUCCAGUGGCCUCAGCGUAGUCAAAGUCUAGCUCAGCUCCCUGCAGAGAAGCUGCCACCAAAAAAGAAACGUCUCCGUUUGGCAGAGGCACCCCAGUCAUCAGGAGAAUCUAGCUUUGAAUCAGUAUCCCUACCACGCAGUCCUAGCCAAGAGAGUAAUGUUUCUCACACCUCUAGUCGAUCUACAUCUUUUGAUGAAACGGGAAAGAUUGACCCUGAAAUGCAGGCUGGUACAUGGAGCUCCCAAGGGUCCCACAUGCUGACUGUACCAGGUGGCCACCAACAUUAUCUCAGGGAAAUGCAUCGUUCUGCCUCUGAGCAGGCUCCUGCAAGUCCACCACAUCCUGCCCAGAUAGUAGAGACAAGAAGCAAGUCAUUUGACUGUGGAUCCCUGUCUCCUAGACCUACUUCAUCUUCUUGGAAAGAGAGGCGAAAAUGUCUCUUGGUGAAACAUGCAACCCUUGAGAAGCCUGAUCAGGAAGAAUCAUCAUCUAGCAUCCAUCAGUCCUAUCCUGGCCAUACUGCCCUCACAGUUGGUGAGCACAGAGCAAGCAGUACUUCCAGAUUUAGCCCAGAGACUUUGGGCAAAACGCUGCAGCUUUUUCAAACUCCCCUCCCUCUUCCAACUACAGUUUACCCUGUGACUAAUCCAGAAACCUUUUCCUCACAACAGAUAACUGGACUUCUACCAGUCACAACAAUAUCUGAGGUCCUUUCUAGUCAUAUGCUUCAGCAGGCUCUCAUACAAACAGUGCCAUCUUCAUUUCAUCCAAGACAGCUACAUUUAGCUGAGCACCUAGGCCUUCCUGUUCAGCCUUUUCCUACUUUGCUCUCAUUGCAGUAUCCAACGAGCAGUCUAAUCAUUCAGGAUCCCUUGGCUUCACCCGUUGGUGAAGCUAGUUCUUCUUUUCCCUUUACACAUAGAAGAAGUUCUCCACAUCAUCAUCUUGUCACUCAGCACCAACCUCGCCCUAUCAUUGCUACUUGCCUUGAGCAGCUCAGACCAGUGGUGUCACUGGUGGUGCCUGUGCGCUUACAGACUAAUAUUCCUACUUACGCUAGUGCCAUGUACACGACCAUUUCACAAAUUUUAGCCACAACACGGACUCAGCAGCCAAUUUGCUGUACAGCCAUGGUCAUCAUGGAGAAGCUUGAGGGCACUAAGCUUCAGAGAUCUUACCUUAGUCUCCCUACUCCUGAUUUUAAGACCUGCAUUCCUUUAUCCCUUCCUUUAGAAUUUCGGGCAGAAACUGCAUCUGAUGAUAGUUGCGGGCCACUUUGUGCUGGAGGAAACAAGCGAAUGCUUUCCCCUGCAGGUAGUCUAGAACUCAGCUUAGAGGCACAACGGCAACAGAAACGAAUCAAGGAAGAAGAAGCAGAAGAAAGUGGAGAAGAAAGUAAACAUUGUGAGAAAUUUCUGGAGGAAAACCAAGGAACAAAUAAGGGUGAUCUAAGGAACGCAAAAGGAGUAGAGGUAGUUGUGGAGAAGGAACAAGAGCAGGAAGGAAAGAAAAAGGAAUUUGUGUUGAAUAAGCCAGAGAUUUCCCAGGUGCAAACUGGACUUAAAAAAGAGGAAAAGCAGGAAGAGGUCCACAGACGCAUAUCAGUGGUUGAGACUCCAGGGAGAUCCACAGAUACCACGGACCCCAUAUACUCCAGUCUACACACAAGUACAUCAGUGAGCUGGUGCUACCUGAAUUAUACUAAGCCUAACCCAUCUGCCCACACAAAUCCACAAACAUCAGUUUAUUCCUCUUGGAGUGUGAGCAUGUAUAACCCCAAUCUACCUGGUCUGUCCACCAAAAUAGUAUUGUCACUACUGCGUUCUAAACAAAUGUACAGCUCUGAGCUAUACACCAUGGCGGCUACAACACCGCCUCUGACAACUGACAAGCUGGUUGACAACCAAACACCCAGGGUAUCAGAGGUACAUGCCGAAACACUGAGCACUCCUGUCAAAGAAAAAGAAGAGCCUCUAACUAAGAGGGUUGAAAAAGACUUGAGAAGUACAGAGGAGACUUCUACCACCUCAAAACACAGUGAGCCACUACGUGUUUGCAUCUUUGAGGGAGGGUAUAAAUCUAAUGAAGAGUAUGUAUAUGUGAGAGGGAGAGGGAGGGGGAAGUAUGUGUGUGGUGAGUGUGGGAUCCGCUGUAAAAAGCCCAGCAUGCUAAAGAAACACAUCCGUACUCACACAGAUAUUCGUCCCUAUGUCUGUAAGCACUGCAACUUUGCCUUCAAAACUAAAGGGAACCUCACUAAACACAUGAAAUCGAAGGCACAUGGUAAGAAAUGCCUGGAGAAGGGUGUGUCUGAAUCAUCUGUAGAUGAACUGGAAACUGAGGAACCAGGAACCAGUGAGGGGCAAGUAUACGAGUUAGAGGAUCAGGAGGAGCACCAGUUCUCUGAUAUUGAAGACUCUGAAGAUGAGGAUGAUGAAGAUAACGAGGAGGAAGAGGAGGAGUUGUCUUCCCAUGAAGACACUCCUUCAUCCUGCUCUACAGACACCCACCAGUCAGACAGUGGUCCAGGCUCACAGACAGGUCCCACAAGCCUUACAGUUUCAGAGAGAGAAGAAAGAGAAAAGCAGCUAUCUCCAGUCCAACCAUGGAGGAGAGGACAAGCUGUGUCUCCAGACAGCAAGAGGGCACUCUUCUCCUCUAAGGCCAGGGAGCAUACUCCCCAAGCCUUCUCUCCUGCUAGUGAAGGCUCACCUCUCCAGAGUGUCUCCCCCAGGCUGGAUCUGUCGUCUACCUGUCGACAUCUUUCUCCUUCCCCUGAAAGAGGCCCAUCUCCUCUCACAGCAUCCCCAUUAAGGUCUUUCUCCCCGCUGCGGCCUCUUUCUCCUGGCCGCUACAGGAGCUCCAGAGCCCGACUAUCUCCAACACCAUUCAGAACUCAGCACAGAGCCCACAGCUCUCCUGGCCACUUCCACUGGGAGCCAAGCACUAAGUCCAGAGAGAGCCAGCAGGAGAGGCCUAGUACACCCAGUACUGCUCAAGCUUCACUGAGGUUGAGCUCUCCACAUGCCAGCCUGGUGCCCUCUGCCCUACACUUUCCUCACAGUGACCCUCCUACCCAUGUACCAAUCCCAUCAAGAACUAUAGACCACAUGUUCAGCCACCUCCCCUUACAUUCACGGCAGCAGGCUCGCAUGCCUUACCAUAUGAUCCCAAUUGGAGGAAUCCAGAUGGUGCAGCUUAGGCCCAGAUCCUGCCCCAAACUGGAGCGAGCUUCCUCUUCCACCCAAUCCCCCAGCUCUCCCAAAGAGGAGUUCACUUUCUCCCUCAGCAAGAGCUCAUGGAGCACAUCAUGGAACUUGCGAUCUGAAACAAGCCAGAGUGUUAGUGGGACACAGAGCCUGGAAUGGGAAAUCAGGCCAUUAGGGCUGCACAGUCCUGUUCCAAGCUACACAACAGCCAAAUCUUCUCCACUAUAUGACUCUGACAUCUCAAGAAGAGGGCCAAGAUACCAUUGAACGAGACAAGAGGAGCUCUGAUGUCUCUGAGAAGGCAUCCUCCUUACUCAGAAAGAGUGAACAGUCAGAGCCAGAGGAGCCUAAAGAAGGCCAGUCCAAAAAUGACCUGACGUCAGAAGAGACUGCAGAAGAGAAAUCUGUCCACUCAGAUCAGAGCCAGGAUAGCACUUAAUAGCCUUUGGGCUUAAUCUCAAAAUCAGUUGAUUUAUUAUUAUUCUUUUUGUUUUGUAAUGCUACAUUUUUAUACAACUUUUCAAUACUGUUGGUAUCUUGGUAAAUGUUUGUUUUUGCAAUAUUGAAGAUUGAAAUAUGAUGCACUUUUCCGUUGGACAAAACAAUGUUUCUGUAAAAUCGAUCACUUCUGUCCCUGAGUAUUUACUGACAUUACAUUCAAUCCUAAUGUAUCUAUUUAAAUAUGUCUAUGUAAAAUACUUCUUAAUAUUAACUAUGAUUAUAAACAUUUAUAAAUGACCAAGUUGAAUACAUAAACCAAGAGUAAUUCCAAUAUCUUUUCCCUUGUUCCAGUAUUACACAAAAUAUAGUUACGUGUGCCUUUCCUGUCAGGAUUUCUUGCUUAAAGUGUAGACAAAGAUGAAAGGUUGUGAAUUCUUUUAUAAAUAUAUGAUUUGUGUUUCAGGUGGUAUUUGUACAAUAGAGUUUUUCUAAACGCAAGUCAGGGUAAAAGAAAGCAGUUUGUACUGAAGUCUGAGAUAGAGUGCAAAGGAUUUGCAGUGAAAUUGCACUGAAGUCAUAUUUUUUAUAUAGAUAACAAGGUAUGCUAUGAUAUUGUGUACAGAUAAGAGGUCUAUGAUCCAUAUUUAUUGCCAUUUGAAAAUAUGGAAACGUUAUGUUUAGUUCUGAAAAGUUUUUUUUAUUAUUUUUUUUAUUCUUUACAAAUUUCGUUUAGUAUAUUUCUGUUACGUACUCAAGACUUGAAUUAAAGAAACUGGACAGGGUGUUGAAGUUGGUCAGCAGCUAUGGGAUUGGAUGUAUCAAGAGCCUUCCAAAUUUGUCACAGGUAUGUAUUAUUUCUGAACUAAUAAUAAAGGUGCACCAGGAAUUACUGAA